UAAUUCAUCCUCCAUCACUUCAGUCUGCUGACUUUUUUAACAGUCAGGAACUGAAAUAUUCACAAACCUUUUCAUUUUUUCCACAUGCUUUCCAUAGCUGUUGAGGAAGAAAAACUUACAACUCUCCAGAGAAAGGAAGAAGAAUCCAAAAAGAGCUGGCUCUAGUACAGAGCCCCAUUGGUAACCAUCAACAGAAGCACAAAUAACUCCAGUGCAUUGACUUACUUCAUCCUGCUGCUUAACUAGCUUUACAGACACGGAUUAUAGAUGAAUUGGAACUUAAUAGCUUUAGUUUGUUAAAGUGAAAAUCUGGACAUUUCAGAGGUACAACAGUUUGCUGAAACAGUGAAGAAAUAUAAGGAAAAUAAGGUCAGGUCUUUCCACCCCAUUUAAGAAGAUAUGAUUUAAGAAAAGAAAGACUUUGAAUAUGCUAAACAUGAUGCCUGCCUGCUAACAUCCUUCCAUUAGAGAAACAAAACUUUAUAAAAAAUUAAUAGUUUAGCCAUUAGCCAGAAGCUAAUAAAACAUGGUUGCUUGACUGUUUAAAAGAAGUUCCGGAAUCAGAUUGCAGCAUUGCUGUAUAGGGCACCAGCUGUCAACAUGGGCAAAGGAUUCUACAUCAGUAAAACGCUGGCCGUCUUUGGAAUAGUGCUGUCAGCAGCAGCAGUGGCAACAAUUAUAGCACUGGCUGUGGUGUAUUCACAAGAACUUGGGAAAAAUGUAAAUAAUGAAGCUAAGCCAACAGAGCAUCCAGAAACCAAGCCCCCCUCAGUGACUGAAACCAGCACAACAAAGGAACCGACCACAUCCCCUCUUCCUACCAACCCAUGGGACAAGAUUCGUCUGCCUACAACAUUAGUGCCAGAACAUUAUGACAUUAGACUGCAACCACACUUAGAACCAAAUGGUAACAACAUGUACAUCUUUGAAGGCUCAAGCUCUGUAUAUUUUAUAUGUGCUGAAGAGACAGACCUUAUCUUGAUUCAUAGCAGGAAACUGAACUAUACAAUGCAGGCUGGAUUCCAUGCCAGUCUGACAAGUGAUGAUCCCUCUGUCACGGUGCCUCGUAUAACUAAUACCACUCUGCAAAUAAAGAACGAUUACCUGAUUGUGCAGUUGGAUCAAAAGCUUGUGAAAGACAAAACCUACAAACUGUUAACUAACUUCAUAGGAGAACUGGCUGAUGAUUUGGCUGGGUUCUACCGAAGUGAAUAUAUAGAAGAUGGGGCAAAGAGAAUUAUUGCCACAACUCAGAUGCAGUCAACAGAUGCCAGGAAGGCGUUCCCCUGCUUUGAUGAGCCAGCAUUGAAAGCCACAUUCAACAUCACCAUUGUGCAUAAACCUGAAUUCAUUGCACUGUCCAAUCAGCCAGUGCUAAAUGAAGAAACUAUUGAUAUCAGUGGGGAAACAUGGAGCGUCACUGAAUUUGAGAAAACACUGAAAAUGUCAACAUAUCUAUUGGCGUUUAUUGUGGGAGACUUUGACUAUGUCAAUAAUACCAUCGAUGGAGUCUUGAUACGCAUAUGGGCUCGCAGAAACGCCAUCAAAGCUGGACAAGGGAACUAUUCAUUGGAGGUUACUGGACCAAUUUUAAAACAUUUUGAGAAAUACUACAACACAACCUACCCACUUAAGAAGUCUGACCAAAUUGCACUUCCAGAUUUUGCAGCAGGUGCUAUGGAGAACUGGGGUCUAAUUACCUAUCGUGAGACUGCCCUUCUGUAUGACCCACUUACCUCUUCUACGGGUAACAAGGAACGUGUCGUUACUGUCAUUGCCCAUGAGUUAGCUCACCAGUGGUUUGGUAACCUGGUGACUAUUAGGUGGUGGAAUGAUCUUUGGCUCAAUGAAGGAUUUGCCUCUUAUGUUGAGUACCUCGGAGCUCAUGAAGCUGAGCCCACAUGGAAUAUUACUGACCUAAUUGUGCAGUACGAUGUAUAUCGAGCCAUGGGAGUAGAUGCCCUCACAUCAUCUCAUCCACUGUCCUCAAAAGAAGAAGAUGUUAAUACUCCGAGUGAGAUUAGUGAGCUGUUUGAUGCUAUUGCAUACAGUAAGGGAGCUUCAGUAAUAAGAAUGCUGUCAAAUUUCCUCACAGAGCCCUUGUUUGCAAAUGGUCUCAAUAUGUACCUGAAUGAAUUUGCUUAUGGGAACACUAUUUAUGAUGACCUUUGGACACAACUUCAAAAGGCUGUGGAUGCCCAGACUGCUGUUUCGCUACCAAAGACAGUCAAACAGAUCAUGGACACAUGGACUCUACAGAUGGGAUUUCCUGUUGUGACAAUUAAUACUUCAACAGGAAAAGUUACACAAAAGCAUUUCUUGCUUGAUCCAACCUCUACUGUCAGCCAACGUUCAGAGUUCAAUUAUACCUGGAUUGUCCCAAUUACAUCAAUGACAUCUUCUGGUGAGCUACCAACUUAUUGGUUAGAAGAAGUAGAAGGUAGUCACACACCAUUUAAAACAUCUAGCUGGUUACUGGCCAACAUCGACGUGUAUGGGUACUAUAGGGUUAACUAUGAUGAGGAAAACUGGAAAAGACUUAUUCAGCUACUAGAAUCGAAUCAUAAAGUUAUUCCAGUAAUCAAUCGAGCUCAGAUAAUUGCUGAUGCUUUUAAUUUGGCCAGGGCAAAAUAUGUUUCAACAACUUUGGCUUUGAACACCACAAAAUAUAUAUCUAGAGAAACUGAGUAUUUGCCCUGGCAAUCAUUCCUGGACAACUUGGCACACUUUAAACUGAUGUUUGAUCGCAGUGAAGUCUAUGGGCCUAUGAAGCAAUACAUUCUAAAACAAGUCACUCCUUUGUUUUACUACUUUAAAGAUUUAACUGGCAACUGGACAAACAUUCCUGAUGGCUUCACAGCACAGUACAAUGAAAUUAAUGCUCUUUCAACUGCAUGCACAUUUGGGCUGCAGGAAUGUGAAGAACUUGCAUCUGCAAUGUUUCGUUCAUGGAUGGAAAACCCAGACAUUAACCAAAUCCCUCCCAACCUCAGGACAACAGUUUAUUGUGCUGCCAUUGCUGCAGGAGGAGAAGCUGAGUGGGAUUUUGCCUGGGAGAGGUUCAGGGAAGCAACACUGGCAACCGAAGCUGACAAACUCAGGUCAGGCCUGGCUUGCAGUUUGGAACCAUGGAUCUUACAGAGGUUUCUCUCAUAUACUCUUGAUUCAGAUAAGAUCCGAAAACAGGAUGCCACUUCCACCAUUGGGUCCAUUGCUAGUAAUGUUGUAGGUCAGAGCCUGGCCUGGGACUUCAUCAGAGCUCAGUGGUCAUAUAUCUUUGAAGAGUAUGGAGGGGGGUCUUUUUCUUUCUCUAAUCUUAUAGAAAGAGUGACAAGAAGAUUUUCAACCAAAUUUGAGCUAAUGCAGCUGGAGCAGUUUAAAAAGGACAAUGAACAUAUAGGUUUUGGAUCUGGAACACGUGCUCUAGAACAAGCUCUUGAGAGAACUGCAACUAAUAUAAAAUGGGUAGAAGAUAACAAGGAAGAUGUCCUACUGUGGUUCAAGAGUGCAUAGAUAUGUGCAGGAUCCUAAAAAUGCAAGCACCUUGUAGAUGUAAAUAACGAAGAUUUUAUAAAUAUGUUUUCUAAUUGAUGUUGCCAAAGAAUAAAUUAUGGACAUGUAAACUUUCAAAGACUGGAAUUUACUUAAAACAUUCUGACAUAAAAUAUUAUUUUAUCCCCCCUUUUGAAUUGUACUGUUUCACUUCAUGUACACUGCAUAUUUUAUAUUCAGAUUUUUUUUUUCCAAUCUGAAUAUGGGAGCAGAGUGUUCCUACAGAAUAAAAUAAAGCCUGUAGCCAUAAAUUAAA